AUGCAGAACAUAAUCACUCAGGUGUCUCAGGAGGGUGCUAAUGGUAACCCACUGUUGGGAAACAGUCAGCAACAGUUCUAUAACUCUGCAGAUUCUUCAGAUUAUUAUGAUGGAUCAGAAAAUGAUAUGUACGGUAAUUCAUUAAUUCAUUUGAAUAUUCAAGAAAAUCAUUAUUUCAUAACAAGAGACCAGUUGAUGUCACUUCCUGAAUCUUUACUGCUAUGUCUUUUCCCAUCUGGGGUGUUUCUUGAUAGAGAUGGUCAAGUUAUUACAAAUUUGACCCCCGAAGAUGAGGUUUAUAUCGUCACUUUUCCACCAGAUUGUUUUGAAUAUAUCAUGGAGAUUUUCACAAAGGCACAUGACGAUCUUGUAAACCAUCCAAUCGAAGAGUUCUUUGGAAAGCCAUCAUCAAGUGGAUUUGUCAAUUCUGCAAAGGGGUUUUUCAACUUUGGUUAUUCAAAUCAAAAUAAUCAAUCCACCAGUGAACAGGAUUUAUUGCAUCAAAAACCGGCAAUUAUCGUAUUGAGAGAAGAUUUAGAUUAUUACUGUGUCCCACUGCAUGAAUUUCAAUUCGAAAUGAAUGAAAAUGAAACUGAUAGUAUUAAUCACGAAAAUAAUGAAGACCUUCUACAACAUUUUAUGGCCCAAGUUAAAAUAGCUGCUGGCAGUUUUUUAGCUAAUAAUACUUCAAUUUUCCAAGGCCUAUUUUCAACAAAUAGAUUAAGAUAUCAAAAUAAUACAAAUAAUAAUAAUAACAAUAAUACUAUUAGUACCAAUAAUAUGGAUAGCAAACAAUUGGGUCCUGCUGAACAGCAUCUUAUGGAUAUGCUAUGUUCUUCAGGUUUUACAAUAGAAUCAAAAUGGGGUAAUCGAACUCAAGAAGCAGGUAAAACCGUUAUUUCAUCGUUAUCGUUAUGUAGAUUGGCUAACGAAACAACCCAGCAAUUUAGAGAGAAAUAUGAACUUGCUAGAUUGAAAUGGUUACAAGAAUAUACUGAAAAGAUCAAUAGCACUAGCAAUAACACUAGACCUUCUUUACUGCUCUCGAGAUCUUCAUUGUCGAUAACUGAUGCAUAUAAUAAUAAUACAUUAUCGGAAUCUUCGUUAUCUCUGACACCAUCACGUUCCAAUAAUUUAACCCCAAGUAAAAGUGCACUAGGUAUAAGUAACGGAAGAGAAGGUAGAAAUGAAAAGAGAAAGUCAAGAUUAUCUGUCUUAGCAGAUAAUGUACGUUCUCGUUCCACAUCGAAAAAUAGACAUGGUUCCAAAAAUGAAAAUAUAGAAUUGCCAAAAGUUUAUGAUUUAGUUGAAAAACCAAAUAUAAAUGCUAAAUUGCUGCUAUUUUGGAGGAAACCCGCUAGAAAAUGUUGGUGGGGUGAUGAAGAGAUAGAACUUGAAGUUGAAAUAUAUGGAGAAUGGGUUGAUAAGGAUAAGAAAAUAGUGAAGUUGAAAUUGCCUCAAAAUUUUACUGAAUCUCAAGAUAACGAAGAAAUAUUGUUGAAAAGCUUAAAUAAGAUAAAAAUCCCUGUAAGACUACAUAUCAGAAGAGUUUGGACUUUAGAAUUAAGCGUCAUUGGAGUACAAUAA